AUGAGAGGAGCUUAUAUAGUUGGGUUUGUAUGGCAGGCUGAGCUACGACCGAGUGUGUUUGAGGCAACUGAAGAAGAGGAUCGAUUGAUUGAGAACAACGAGGGUCUGCUUUCAGCUUUGUUGGGAAGCUGUAAUGAUCGUGCUAGGCAGCUUCAUGCUCUGCCUCAGAUUUGCUCUGGGAAUAUAACGAUACUUGGAGCGGUUGCGAAUAUGAUCCUAAACCUUACUUUUUACCGAUCUGCAUUGUGCAUGAACACCUAUGCACAUCAAAAGGACUCUUGGAAAUCUGAAUUAAACGACUUUAGCAGCAACCAUGGCUAUGAGCUCAACAGAAAUGGAGAUAGUGGACCGCUUCUUCUCGAUGUUCUUGAAGGAUUCUUAAAGUUUGAGAGCCUGACACAGACCAUGGGUGGUAACUCAAGGAGCGAGUCAGAAAUUGAUUCAUCAUCAAGCCUUGACUCUAGGAAUCCUCCUCACUGA